UAUUUUCAGUCGUCAGGAUAUAUAUAUAUAUAUACAGUAUAUAAAAUCAUAAGCGUAUAGUGUUGCAAUAAACAGCGGCGACGUUGUUACAAAACGCGGAAAUCGCGUCAUGGCUCCGGGCUUGAAGGGGGGCGGCGGCGGCGGCGGUGGCGGCUGUCGUGUCGUGACCAGAGCCGGUGACGUGUUCUUCGGACCGUCGUUUGCAGCCGACGAAUUCAACGAAUGCGAAUCGCAACAUCAUGGACGAGAAGAGGUUCGAGGUAGGGAUGACCGCCAGGGCCCAUCGUCGACUUAUGUGCGUGACGUUCGGGACUCUGGGUCGAAUGACGAGACGAGUUCGACGUCGAGCGAGAAGUACGAACGUGACGUGGCGGUGCUGAACCACUGCUUCGACGACAUUGAGCGGUUCAUUGCGAGACUGCAAUACACGGCGGCGGCACAAAAGGAGUUGGAGCGUCGGCGCAAGUCUCGGAAGUCGAAGAAGAAGGAUUUGGGAGAUGGAAUGUUGUCCAUGAGGGCCAGGCCGCCGCCGGAGCGUGAAUUUAUCGACAUUUUCCAGAAGUUCAAACUCUCCUUCAAUCUUCUGGCAGAAGAAGGCCGCGAUUUUGGGUCAGGUCACGUCGCGAACGAGGGAUCCGGUGAUGAGCGAGGAAUCGAAUUGAAAACAUAUGCCAAUGUGCCGUCUCGGAAGUCGAAGAAGAAGGAUUUGGGAGAUGGAAUGUUGUCCAUGAGGGCCAGGCCGCCGCCGGAGCGUGAAUUCAUCGACAUUUUCCAGAAGUUCAAACUCUCCUUCAAUCUUCUGGCGAAAUUGCGGAUGCACAUCCACGACCCGAACGCACCGGAAUUGGUGCACUUCUUGUUCACUCCGCUGACGCUGAUUGUGAACGCUUCCCGGGAUCCAAACUACGCCACGACGCCGAAUUUGCCUGCGCACGUGGUGUCGCCGAUGCUGACGCGCGACGCUGUCGAUUUACUCGCCAACUGUCUCACAUCCAAAGAGACGGAGCUGUGGAACUCUUUGGGCGACGUGUGGCUCGUCCCGGGAUCCCAUUGGAAGGGCCAGGCGCCACCGUACCACCCGGUCUUCUACGACGGAUGGACGCCAGAUUACGCGCUGGACCUGCAGCACAGAGAAAGGCCCGAGUCUCUGGGGGUUCUGGCGGCGCAGGAAGCCAGGACUAGGCUGGGACCCGAGCUCAAGAAUGCCGACGACAAUGUGAGUGGGAGG